GUCAAAUACUUGUCGAAGUCCGAGUCUAGUCUUUCGAGGCAACGAAAGAUUGACCUGUAUAUUCCAGUGUAUUUUUAACUCCGACUACAGAUCAGGCACAAAAGCCAGUUCCUCUGCACCGUUUAGGCAUCUGGAGCACAUCAAAUGGUGAAGAUAUUGCUGAUGAUUUAUGAUUUGUCACCCCAGUCUCAAAUGAAAUCAGACUGGUCCUAAGGAUUACCCUUCCUUUUGAACUCCAGCCAAAAAACUAACCUUCAGCUUGGAACCCAGUUCUUCAAAAAAUUCCCCAAUAAACCUUGGGAGGGGGGACUGCUGUAGAGGAAGCUAUUUAAAGACAUCAGAGGAAACCAUGCAGAGCAGAUGUUAAAGAUGUUGAAAAUGCAGAUGUAGACUAGAAGGAAAGGGGAUUAUUGACAAUUGUCUUCUAUCAGGGCAUUGUGAAGGUAGGCACCAAUGCAGACCACUUCAUCAACCAUGACUCAAGCACCGUUGAAGAACGAUGCAAACCAGCAGGGCUGGAAUGAGAUCCAGGAGUUACUCCAGCAGACCCAGCAGGAAAACAACUUCAUGAGACAACAGAUGGAGAUCCUGCGCCAUGAGAACCGCAUCCUCAAAGAUCGCAUGAAGAGCAUCGAUUCGGAGACACAGGCCUCCAAAACGGACAGCGAGAAGGCAAUUCUUCUGGGAUUGGAAGGUAGCUCCAGUCUAGAGGAACGUGUACAAGGUGCUGGAGCAGAAGGUGUAGAGGAAGCUUCCACAAGGGAUUCAUCGUACGUCAUAGCAGAUAAUAAUGCAGAGCUUGUUUUACCAGGCUUUCCAUCGUCAUCAUCAGAUGGAUCAGUGGUUCUUCCUGAUGAGCCAUCAAACUUGUCUGAUGGCAAUUGGGAUAUUCUGAGCAGUGAUGGAGAAGGAUCAAUGGCAAACCUACAUGACAGGAUCCUUCAGAUGGAGGAAAACCAUUACACUGUCAAUGAGGAGUUGCAAGCAACUCUUCAAGAACUCAAAGACCUUCAGGAUCAGGUGACAGACCUCACUUUAGACACAGAUAAGCUUGGUGAGGAGAAGUCAAUGAUCAUAGAAGCAUUAUACAGACAAAUGUCCAAAACGGAGAAACUGAAUAUGGUAAUACAGCAUUUCAAAGCUAUAUGCGAUGAGCACAAAAUAGAAUAUGAUUUAGAGGAAUUGAAUGAAUGUGUGCCUUCUCCAAGAACUGCUGUGUCAGACCAAGCUACAGGGAUGGCCAGAAGCAAAGAAGAGCAGGAGAAACUAACUGAUCUCCUAAAGGAACACAAUAAUGAGAUUCAGUCAGAAGUUGAGAAGCUCAAAUACCAACUCUUGGAAAUGGAGAGCAUGCUUAGAAGUGCCCUGGCUGCAAGGCAAUCACUUGAACAAGAGAUAACUGUAUUUAAGGGAAAGUUAUCGAGUUUGGAAGUUGAGCGAGAGAAGGGGGAAACUCUUUUGAGGGCUGAAAAGGACAAACUGAAUCAGCUUUUUCGGUAUUCAGAUCCAAAGGGUAGCUUAAACCUUCCCCAGUUGUUGGAAGAUGCAAGACUUAAAAAGGACACAGCAGAAUCUAGGUGUGAAGAGCUUGCACGUGCCUUGGAAGAAAGCAAUAACCAUGCUGAGAAACUUCAAGAAGAGCUUGAGAGAAUAGAGGAUGAGUAUGAAUCAAGUAAGAAUCAGUUUGAAGAACAGGUGGAGAGGUAUCAGGCAAUGAUUCGUGAGUUUGACUCUGAGAAGGCAGAUUUAGAAACAGAGGUUAUAAAUCUCAAGGAAACAGUGAUAGAGUUGGAGGAGACUGUUGAGCGACAAGAAUAUGACAAGCAGCAGCAUCUAAGCACUAUUGCUGACCUUAACCAAGCAGUACAGACAUUGCGAGAAGAGAAGCAAAAUAUUGGUAGGGAUCUAGUUGACUUGAAGCGUACAAGCGCUCGAGAUUCAGAAGAAUGGGUGCAGUUCCAGCGGGAUUUGCAGAAGGCUGUGGUGAUUGCCAACGAUUACCGCAAUGAAGCUCAGAAUGAGGUGAAAAUGCUAGAGAAGGACAAAGCAGAGCUUCGGGACCAGAUCAAAAGCUUAUCCGCUGAAGUAGAGAGACUGCGUAAGAUUGAAAGGAUGCAUAAACCUCCAACCCCAACCACUCCUGCCCCUCCCCGGAACACUCCUACAGAGAAUGAGAUCCGUCAGAGGAUGCAAGCUAUUAUGAAAUCCUCAGAAAAGGACAUUGUCCGCGGUAGCACUUCUCGUAAAACUCUCAGCAAUGGGAAAGUUUCUGUGAAGAAUAUUAUUAAGAACCUUGAAAGCAAUGCUGGUGCAGAUGCACCAAAGACUCCAUCAAGCCCUACCUCUCCUGUUUCAAUGAACUUCUCCAACGCCAGGCCUCCAAUGGAGAGGAGGAACACCACAAUAGCAAUAACUAAGAGCAUGAACUCUAAACCUCAGUACACACGAAGAGCUACCACUACCAUCAUCUCUACACAUGAUGCUCAGAAGCUGUCUAUGAGUUCCUCCAAUCGAGCAAUUGAUGACAGCAUGAUAGGGCGCUCCAGGUCUCAACCAGGGAAUCGUAAUGAAGCACGCCAGAUGAUUGGAGAUGCCCUUUCCAGGAAUAGAGAAUUUUCAACCAGACGGUCUAUGAGCAGAGAUAACAGUGAGUCCCCCACCUCAAGAAGGGCUAAAUCACUCUGCAAUGAACCCAUCUCAUCUGGGCGCAGAUCAUCAUCAUCAUCUUUAAGGGACUGUGAUUCACCCACUCCAAGAGACUCGGUAGGCAACCAGUCACCAACUGCCAAGAAGACAACGGAUGGUAUAGAUAAGAAAGACCCUUUGUCUAUGUUGGUCAAGUCAGAAGGAGGUGGUUCCAAGAGGAAUGCCUUACUCAAAUGGUGCCAGGCUAGGGCACAUGGCUAUAAGGGUGUAGAAGUGACGAACUUCAGUAGCAGUUGGAAUGAUGGUCUUGCCUUCUGUGCUAUUAUACACAGCUACAUGCCUGAAGCAAUACCAUGGAAUGAACUCAACAAUCAAGACAAGAAAAGGAACUUUACUGUGGCCUUCAAAGCGGGAGAGUCAAUAGGGAUAUCAUCCAUUUUGGACAUUGAUGACAUGGUAAAGUUAGAGAGGCCAGACUGGAAGUCUGUCAUGACUUAUGUCACAGCCCUGUACAAGUAUUUUGAGACGUAGCCAUGCUGUAUGGUAGAAGAAAGGAUCACCAGUCUGUUCAUGACAUCCCUAGCUUUUGAUUUCAUGUUCAUAAAGGUUCUUGAAUAUAGGCCUCCGGUACUGUACUGAUGGUGAAUAUUCAGACCUAUUCUCUGUGAUAAAUUGAUACCGACACAAUCACUUAGUGGCGAUUGCAAUUUUAAGGAUAUGAGCAAGAUCACUGCAUUGUCCUCAGAAAGGAUACCAGUCUGUCAUAACAGAGUCGCAGCAUUAUACCCUCAUUCUAGACAACGUCCUGAAGAAGCACAAAUAAUGGUCAGCUAUUCAUCAUGAUCAUCGCAGCAUUUUAUGUAGAUUUGCAGAAACAGGGUUCUGAGCUCCGUAACACAAAGAUUAGCGAUCAAUCGCUAAAUGAAAUAGCCUAUCAAGAUCUUUGUUGCAUGCACACUUUGCUCAGUAGACUGAAUAGGAACCAAUCAGAAUUGCUCUUUCAAAUUAGCGAUUAAUCGCUAACCUUUGUGUUACGGGCCCCAGGUGUAUUUGAAGGCAACAGCUAAAAUUGAAACCCAAGACCUUAUUAAGGGCUUAUAAAAGGUUGAAAAUGAAGGUGUGUUAUUUUUCUUGGUUGUAAUCAUAUGCAAGAAUAAUGCAUCAUGAAAGUGAGCAGCUUUAUCAUAUACAAACAAUCUGUAUAUGAUAUAUUAAUUUGUUCUGUGGUAUUAGUAUCUAGUACAAUAAUUUUGGAAGAAGAUAAUUUUCGGCAUCACAUCUGAGCAACUCCAUAGAUACAUCCAACCCCCAGGGCCUUCCUGAAAUGAACUUUUUUCAGGAACUUUGUGCUUCAUGAGAAAAGAUGUAAUCCUCUUCAAUAAUCAUGGCUUGGUAUGUUCAUAGAUUGAAGUAUAGAAUUGAGCCAAAUAGGUAUCAGACAUACUAAAACAUUGAUCAUUUUAUGGAAUUGCCCAUCUUCUUUGUCAAGUUUCCUUUGUCUUUUAUGUCAGCAAAACAAAAGAAAAAAUCCUUCUGUAGCAGUGAUGUAUGUUGUAUCUAGCUAUAUAGGUUUCUGAUGAACAGGGAACUGUAUUUCAUGAAUGAAAAUAAUUUCCAUAUCAGGUCUCAAGUGACCCAAGUACAAAUUUUUUCAGAUGAUAUUAGUUGUUAUGACACAACAGGUAAUUAAGGCUGAAGUCUUUUGAUGUAAUUGUGUUCUAAUGGAGUCUGUAGAGUGUAGAAGUAUGUAUUCAUUGAGUUUUUAAUGGAUUUUUGUCUGUAGAGAGUAUUUGAUGGUAAUUCAUAAUGGGGGAUCGAUGCAUAAUUUCAUAUCAAUGUGAGCAUUACUAAAUCAUUUAAAAACUAGUUUCUGGAAAGAUGAUUUGCACUGGUAUAGCAUUCUAUGCAAAAGUGUGCUUGGGGGAAAAAAGAACUAUGGAUGGGUGAUAAGACCAUAGUUUGAACUUGACCUUUUUUGUGAAUAAAACCUUUGUUUGACCCAUCACUGGAGUUUAUUGUAAAUGUAUUUGAAAGAAAAUGUAUUCAAGUUUCAUGUAAAUUCUGUGUAUUUGCUGCAUAGGGUUUCUUGGCAAAUCACUUUUUGUACAAAAAUGUUAUUUAAAAUUUUGAUCUCCUACGUGUGCAUUGAAUUUGCUGGCCUGUUUUGAUAAUUACCUGUUAUAUUUUAUUUUGACUAUAGGAUUUGUACUUAGUCUGUGUGAUUUCUUUUUAGUCUUGAAUGCAUUUCCAAGAUUGAUGUUUAAUGUAAAAGUUAUUCAUAUUUAUUUAUAGUAUUAUUCUGGUGUGUUGUGACAUUGUUUAAAAUUUUCAGUCUUAUUUUAGAUCCUACCAACAAGGCCCGAAACUCCAGUUUUGAUUAGAACUUACAUUAUCAAGAUAGGGUAUGCUAUGUCAGACAAACUGAAGUAUUAGUAGGAAAGGUAUACUUAGCCUUUUGACAAGGCCUCGCGACUUGGCUCUAUUCCUCGUGAAGUAGUGGCUGAGAUGAGACUAGUGGCCGACGAAGAGUAUUGGCGAUACCCUAGUGAGUACGAGCAACUUUAUAGAGUUGCGAGGCCAUAUGGAAUCUGGUGAAGAUGUGAAUAUAUGAAUUAUUCAUGAGCAUGCUGAUGCACUAAUUGCACUGUAGGUGUCUAUGAUGAUGUCAUGGGAUCGGGUUCGUUCACUUCUGUGGCACGGGGUCAUACAGGGUUCAUUGAUGCGAACAAUAUGCUCGCUGAUUGGCCGCUACCUCUCAGGUAGCGAUUGCGAUUCAGAAACAAUGGUUAACAAAAAAAAUAUCCAAAUCAGGUUCCUAAAGGCCCUGUGACCAAGCUCGAAAUCCUUGCACUCACUCAGCUUUUUUAAAAUAGUCUUUAUUCCAGUCAGUAGGUAUGUGAUAUAAAUACCACAACAGACACAUUGUCUUGCUUAAAGGCUAAGUUAUAAUAGAAUUAUUAAUUUUUUAACACAGACUGGAACAGUCUCCUACAGCAACAGUGCUAUUUUUAUAGGGUAGGCAUUCUGUAUGUUUCUAUAUUACAGCACAAAUGAAAAAAAAAUGGUUUCAAGCUCUUCAUUUACCACUAUUAAGUGUGCUCCUUGUGUCAAUCCGUUAUUUAUUUUAUUAUUUCAAUCUGUUGAAGACUGAGCCUGCAUAUAUGAGGGCUGGCGUCUAUGGAAAACAUGUGUUACAUGUAUAAAAAGAUCAUGCGGCCUCCAAUUGGUCAAAGACUGAGGUUAGAAAAAUACCUGUUUUUAUUUUUUAUAUUUGUCUUACCAAACUCCUAUCUUCCAGAUAAUUCCUUUUAUCAUUCCACUUUUGAGAGAUUUGCAUUCCCUCAUUUUGAAUGUUUAUUUUAUGCACUUCCAUUUACAGGACAAAGAAUUUUGAAAAAAAAAAACACCCACACAUUCCUUAUGUGUCUCAAUCUAAUCUUUUCUCCUUUUUAGUUUGAUCAAACAAAUUAGUUGGAUUUCUUUGCUAUAUUACAUGUAGCUCUAUGAUUGGGUCUGGGAUAAACCAGUCACUUAUGUGUAAAGUACUUUGUUUGAUUUGUAUACGGUAAAGUCAGUUUUCAAAACAAGUUUAGUAAACAUCAUGUAACAGUUAUAUAAAGAAGCCAUUUUAUGAAAACACAAAAUACUUGAAGUCUCACAGGAAUAAUUGACUUAUUGAUGGUUUAUUUAUUUUGUGUUUGAAAUACAAAAAGGUAAUAACUGAUGUGCUUGUAGUUAUAGAAAUUUUUAUUUAAAAACAUAUUCAAAUGAGAAAAUGUUGACAUUUCAGGCUGCCUAGUGUAUUCUCUACUGCCUCAAACUAUUGAAAGUAGUUUCAUUUUACAAUUAGUUGUGGUUUAUAACUUGUGUCUCUGAUUUACUUUUUUAGCAUUGCUGGUUCAAAUAUAUCUUGCUGAUCUUGGAUUUUGGAAAGCAAUAUUUCUUCAAAAGCAGUGUAUCACAAUGUAUUACAUUGUGUCAUGAAGCAUCUGUCUGCCUGUACAUGAAUGUGUGUAUCAUAUUUGUGUUGUUAAGAAAGUCUAGGUUUCAUCUGUGUGUGACAUAGAUUUGUAACAAGUUGAAAAAAAAAUGCCUAUGCAAAGUUUGUAAGUGUACCGGUAUUCCAUGCAUUAACAACAGAGGGCAGUAUUUGUCCAGUGUUUGUGACUUGAGCACGACUAUUGCCUUGUUAUCACAUACUCUGUUCAGUAUGUGUAGUGGAUGGUGCCUCUGUAAGAAUCAUCAUAUCAUAUAAAGAAUGUAUGUAUUUGUCAUCCAGAGUUUAGUGGGGCUUUGUUAAUUGGGGUUUGAUUCUUCUUUCUUUAAGCGAGAUUCUAGUGGUCUUAAUUGUGAGCAAUAAUUUUGAGAGAAGUCACGGAAAGUCAAGGUGAACUUUAACCAUAUAUCAUGGAUCUAGACCUACAUGAUAAGCAGUAUAGUGCUUAAGCUGUUUCUCCCACUCUCUCUUUGUGUCCCCCCUCUCCUAUAUUUUCCCUCUCGUCUCUUUAGAUGUAAUAACUAGGAACCAACUGUUUUUCCUUGUUUGACGUCACUGCCUGCUCUUAAUAAGUCUAUGCACUUGUUUGCACAAUUUUGUUCCUGAGAAGUGAUAUAUAUAUAUGUGUGUGUGUGUAAAGAAUAAUACAGGUUUAUAAAGCAUGUUUAAUCCUUGCAUAGCAAUGUUUCAAAAUAGAAUAUAAAGAAGUCACAAUGAUGUUGAUAUGAGGGUUAAAUCUUUAGAAGAGAAAAGCUAACUAAUAUCAUUGAGUUUAUAUUCAUUGAAAAAUACUACGGCGAUUGUCAGCUGUUUCAAUGUCAAUCAUUUGUCUAGAGCAAAUGUAAUAAUUUUAGCUUCCGUGUAAUGUAAGUAUGUAUUUGACAAAGCCCUCUGGCUGAAGUUGUGUUUAAAUUAUUUUCAAGAUUAUUUGAAGUUUCCCUUUGACAUGUUAACAGAUACUAUAUUACACUAUCAAUGUAUGAAUAAGAUUAAGAAUGAAUUAUUACUUUAAUAUUCCUGUGUCUUUCCAAUUAAUUUAUUCUACUUCUUAUCCAGAUAUUAAUUAACUACUGAAUCUCAUGUACACAUUGGAUUACCAAGUGUAGUAGUAUAUCUUCAACAAAAAUAUGUACACAUUUUGACAUACACUACCAGUCACCUGACUCACAACUACCUGCUAAAACCAGAGAACAAUAGAUUUGAUUCACUUAAUCUAUUGUUUGCUGGUUUUAAAGGGGAA